GUUUCUCUAAGCGACCACCCAUCAUCCUGUCUCGGAAAGCACACUUGCUACACCAUGGCGGAAGAAAUCGACCGUGUUCUUGCCUCAAUCCAAGGAUUGAGCCUCGCCAAUGGCACGACUGACUUGCCUAGUUUGCGAUCUCGUCGCGCAGCAAACCCAAAACAGAAUCUUGUGGGCGCAACUAAAGCGUUAAUACUUGCUACCGAAGCCACCACCUCACACGCGCAACGACUUCUCUCAGCGGCCGACAAAAUUUCUGGACCCGGCCAUGAUUUUACGCACCUCGUUUCCCUCAGAAGAAGAGCCAAAGCUCUUGCCGACAUCACGGUGACCUUUGGCGAUGCAUUCGACUGCUACAUCCUAUCGCAAAUCAAAUCGUUGGCUGGUCCAGGGACAACAGCAGAGAAACUGCUCUCCCAUUUCGAUGCCCAUUUGCGGGGCAUCACCCAAGAUGUCGUCAGCAGCACCACCGACGAGGGCAGCGUCCUGCGCGAGAUACUGGAGCGUUGUUACAGCGAGUCUCUUCAAAGAUCCGGCACCCUAAACUUUGACAACUACGCCGACUCCCUAGAUGAAACCUGCCUCGAAUCGCCCUACGAUCCCGACUUUGAGAGUGAGGAGUAUUACGAGCACGAGAAUCGUCUGGAAGUUGACGAGGCUUACGCCAAUGCCUUUCGCUACAACCGCAGACUUAAGGCCGAGAGAAAGGAGCAGGAACACAAAAAGAAGAAGGAGAACUGGAUCGGCUUUUGGGUUAAAGCGCUUCAAAGAUGUCACAAUGGGCCCACGCUAUUCUAUCCUCCGGCGAGUCAUCUUUCUCAAUGCCAUUUGACAGACGUUCCGCGAUACCUCUUCCGAACCUUUGACCAAGCGAGCUCUGUGCGGAGUAAUGAAGAUGUUGUCGCUUCCGUGGAGAGCAUCUCCGACGAAUCGAACAGCAGAGUCGAUAUCCUUUCGAAGCCAACAGAAGUGUCUAUAAGGAUGCUGCAUGGGCAUUUGACCAAGUUGUGUUUUGGAGGUGGAGACAAGAGCGAUAACUUGAUGUCAUGGAGCAGCUCUCUGUUGUUUGUCAUCCAGUACGCUGUCUGGCGAUGCCAUCAUCGUCGCUGCGGGGAAGAUGAGGUCAAGAUCUGCGCAAUCGACACGAGGAAGUUUCCCCGUGGCCAGUUCGCCCGCGACAUGACGUUGCUGCGUGCUUAUCGCCAAACCGCGAAACAUGACGAGGGAAUGAAUGAAUUCUUCGACUUCCGUCUCAAUCGCGAAGACUACGACAACGGGGAGUUUCUUUCGCAGGGACAAGUACAUCACAAGGGGCAGUCCUCUAUAGUUUCUCUUGACCAACUCAUCAAAGCCGGGCUGCAUGACCUGUAUCCCGAGUUUAAGGAAGAAUCUGAAAAGAGCUCAUGGACAAACCGGGUGCGAAGUCUUCGAUCGAGGUGGUCCGCCGAGCAAUUAACAACCAAGCUGGACAUACAAGCAGCCCUCAGUGUCGCCGGAGUGUGCUUCAAGACAUUUGAAGCACCCGAUAUAGCGAUGCUGCUUUUGUUGUUCAAGAACCGCCAGCUCCGACCAACAACCACAACCACAACGCGCCCACCCCCAUUCCACAGCGUCACGGAAAAGUGUCAGGGAGUCCUCAAGGACUACGGACCAGAGGAGGUACAGCGAUAUAUGAAGAUUUUGGAAACGACAGCUUUUACGGAUCGAGACAACAAGGCCGGCGAUUCAGUCCGCAAGCUUCUCUCGUUUGCUCAAGGCCCACAGCUCCUCGAAGACGUCUUUGACUGUAGUUGA